ACGAGAGAAGGUGGCCAGGGUGGUUCGCAUUUGCCGGUGAUACUGUCCCAAGAUCAAGCCCUCUGGCUGGAGAUCGCGACCCCCCACCCCCUGCUGCAGCAACUCCCCGGAUCUGGGUUUUGUUUUUUUUUUUGUAGGAAAAAAGACGCCCCUAAGUGGAGCUUGGUUACCCACGAUCAUGACACGGGGUCUCAUUCUCGGAGCCUUUUCCAGUGACCGUGAUGAUGAACCUUCUCAGUUGUCUGAUGCAGGAGAGGCUUUUGACAAACAAGUCAAUGGGAAGCUGAAGGAGUUACUGGCCAUUUCUGGUCCACCUCUGAAGAAAGGGAAGACCCGCAUCUUCCAUGGUUUGCAUCAGGCCUUUCCAAAUGUAGUAGUUGUUGGCCUGGGAAAGAAAGCAAUGGGAAUAAACAUAGAUGAAAACUGGAAUGAAGACAAGGAAAACAUACGGGCAGCGGUGGCAGCUGGAUGCAGGCAGCUGCAGGACCUAGAACUCGCUUGUGUUGAAGUGGAUCCUUGUGGAGAUGCUCAGGCCGCAGCUGAAGGGGCUGCCCUCAGCAUCUUUGAAUAUGGGGAACUGAAGCAAAAAAAGAAACCCAACCUUGAAAUUCAGUUACAUGGCAGUGAUGGAAUUGAUGCCUGGCAGAAAGGGAUUCACUAUGCAGAGGGCCAGAACCUGGCCAGAUAUCUUAUGGAAGGCCCUGCAAACCACAUCACACCAACCAAAUUUGCUACCAUCAUUGAGGACAAGUUGAAAAGCUUCAGUAGCAACACGACUGUUCAUAAACGAGAUAAAUCUUGGAUACAGGAGCAAGGAAUGGGCUCAUUUUGGAGUGUGGCAAAAGGCUCGGAGGAACCCCCAGUCUUUUUGGAAGUCCACUACCAAGGCUCCAGCAACCCCAAAGAAGCUCCAUUGGUAUUUGUUGGAAAGGGGAUAACUUUUGACAGUGGUGGCAUUUCCAUCAAGCCUUCAGCCAAUAUGGAUGCCAUGAGAGCAGAUAUGGGAGGAGCAGCCACCAUUUUUUCUGCCAUUGUCACAGCUGCAGAGUUGAAGUUACCCAUUAAUCUAAUUGGUCUAGCCCCCCUUUGUGAAAACUUGCCCAGUGGGAAGGCAAAUAAACCCGGAGAUGUUGUGACAGCCAUGAAUGGAAAAACGAUUCAGAUUGACAAUACAGAUGCAGAGGGAAGAUUGGUGUUGGCUGAUGCUCUUCACUAUGCACACCAUUUUAAUCCAAGGGCAAUUUUAGAUGCUGCAACAUUAACAGGUGCCAUGGAUGUAGCAUUAGGAUCAGCAGCUACUGGGGUUUUUACAAAUUCACAGAAGCUGUGGCAUCACCUGUAUGAGGCUAGCAUUCUGACGGGGGAUCGAGUUUGGAGAAUGCCUCUCUUUGAACAUUACACAAAGCAAAUGACAGACUGCCAACUAGCAGAUAUCAAUAACAUUGGAAAAUACAGGUCUGGUGGUGCGUGCACAGCUGCUGCAUUCCUGAAAGAAUUUGUGACUGCUCCUCACUGGGCUCAUUUAGAUAUUGCUGGUGUAAUGGAAAAUAAAGAUGAAAUUCCGUAUCUGCGGAAAGGCAUGGCAGGAAGGCCAACACGUACCCUGGUUGAGUUUAUUACUCGACUGGCCUUAGACAAGCAAAUCUUCUAGAAAGCAGAUUUGUGAGAAUCACCACUGGCUUUAAAAACAGUUAAUUUGAAUCUGGGAUCAGCCAGUGUAUGGAUAAGAUUCCAAAAGGGCCAUUCAACUUUGACUUCAGUUUUGGGAGGCGACUUUGAAAUGAUCCAAAGCAAUGGACUAUAAAUUCAUUCCAUAGAGUUCUACUAAAUCACACUUUUUAUCAUUUCAUUCCAGGAGUUUGUCCUGUAUUUGGUAUCCAAAGAGCAAUCAGUCUAAACCAACAUGAUUUAUAAUAUGGAUUGAAUAAUAGAUACACAGCUAUGGCGUACAAUAAAUAUAUCUUCUGACAAUUCUGGCUGUUGAGGUUUUUGUCUUUUGCAGAAUAUGCUUCCAAAAGGAUUUGUUUCAUAAAUGGUUAGGCAGAAUAUUAAGAAA